AGUUUCAAAAUGCUUUAGAAAUCACUACACGCUCAUCAGUAAUUUUAUUCUAUUGCCAAGAAUAAUUUUCUGGUUUUUAGCUUGAUUUUUGCUGAAAACGUGAAAAAGUUUGUUUCUCUGUGUUUUAAACAGAAUUUAACUGCACUAUAUUUUUAUUGUGUGGGUCAAUGUCGCUUGAAAUAGCUGAUGUAAUUUAUAGAUAUAGGUUGAGAUAUUUUUUACGUCACAACCAGCAACGUGCUCACCAAUGCGAAUGUUUUAGGUUAGCUUAGAGUUUACUUAUCAGGUAACCGAUACGAUCGUUCGAAAAAAGUUUUGAUACUUCAAGCGCUUUUAUUAUUUAUUAUAAAAUUAAUUAAAUCGUGUACGACUCUACAAUGCUGGUAAUUGUUUAAUAGAAAAUGGUUAACGGAAUUAAGUUUAGAGUGCUGUGAAAUGAAACGCUUUCAAUUGGUUUUGAUUAAAGUGUAAUAUUGACAUUUUGCAAACAAUUAACUAGCAGACAAAUUUUUUUAUUAUUGUAACAAUUUCAAACACUGCCGACGUAUCAUUUCCACACGGUGAUUAGAUUUUGUUAAAAAUGGAGGAAUUGAUCAAAGCUUUAGGUGCCCCAGAAAACAUGCGACUGAAAUGUCCGACAUGGGCUCAAACUCAAAAAGUUUUAACAAGAAAAAAAGUACUGAAACACGAUCAAGAUUCAAAGCUAGCAAAGGUUUUAACGACAUUUGAUUUGACAGCUCUGGGUGUUGGCAGUACGCUCGGAGUAGGUGUUUACGUUUUGGCAGGAGAUGUUGCCAAAAACACUGCCGGACCUGCUGUGAUCAUAUCAUUUUUUAUUGCCGCCGUAACUUCAGUUUUAGCAGGCCUUUGUUAUGCCGAAUUCGGAGCUCGAGUACCAAAAGCGGGAUCUGCUUACGUAUACAGCUACGUUUGUAUUGGCGAAUUUUUCGCUUUUAUUAUAGGUUGGAAUCUCAUUUUAGAAUAUCUCAUAGGAUCAGCGGCAAGUACCAAAGCAAUUUUUUUAUAUAUUGACGAAUUAGCAAAUAAGACAAUGGCCAGUUUUUUUACUGAAAAUAUGCCUUUAGGAGGAAAUCAAGUUUCGCAUUAUGCUGAUCUCUUUUCAUUGGCACUAGCUAUUGCGUUUUCAAUUGCACUGGCAUGCGGAGCCAAAGAAUCAUCUGUAAUAAAUAAUAUAUUCACUUUUGUGAAUUUGUUAGUUGUGAUAGUUGUUAUAAUCUCUGGAUUAUGGAAAGUGGAUAUUGCCAACUGGCAACGAACCAAAGAAGAAGCGAUGGGUAAAGGAGCUGGUGGAUUUAAUCCUUAUGGAUUGAAAGGAAUUGUGAAGGGCGCCGCUAGAUGUUUUUAUGGAUUUAUUGGUUUUGAUUGCAUCGCAACUGCAGGUGAAGAAACAAAAAAUCCCCAAAAAUCAAUACCAAUUGGCGUAGUUGGAUCUUUAAUGAUAGUAUUCUUUGCUUAUUUUGGUAUGUCUACUGUAAUGACGAUGCUACUACCUUAUUACGAACAGGAUGAAAAUGCGCCACUUGCUUACAUAUAUUCGCGAUUAAAUUGGACUGUAUUUAAAUACGUCGUGAGCAUUGGAGCGAUUUGUGCCCUUUUUUCUAGUUUAUUAGGUGCUAUGUUUCCACUACCUCGAAUAAUUUAUGCAAUGGCUAAAGAUGGAUUAAUUUUCAAACCCCUUGGAAGAGUACACUCCCAGUUUCAUACACCUCUUAUGGGUACUCUAAUUGCUGGAGCAUUAACAGGCACUUUGGCUUGUAUUUUCGAUUUAAAUAAAUUAACAGAAAUGAUGUCAAUAGGUACCCUAUUAGCCUAUUCGAUGGUAGCAGCAUGUGUUUUGAUUCUCAGGUUUUCUAAAGAUUCUGAAGCAGAGGAUACUGAGAAGGAAGAACAAAUUACUUUUAAAAAGUGUUUAUCUCAAAUAUUUAAUAGGAAAACUACAGAGCCAACAAGGUUAUCAUCAAGUAUAGUUGCUUGGGAAAUUAUUAUUUUCUUUAUGUUCUGUUUCAUUCUCUCUGGUGUAAUGACAACUUUUGAAGAUGCUCUAUAUGCAGGCAAAAUGUGGAUUUUAAUUACAGUCUCGGUACUAUUUGCGAUUUUAUCAUUUUUAUUGAUCCUUGUAUCUUUUCAACCAACAGCAAAUCUCAGUACUGGAUUUUCAGUACCUUUGAUACCUUGGAUACCUGGUAUUAGUAUAUUUACAAAUAUUUAUCUAAUGACUAAUAUACAGAAGGACACCUGGAUCAAAUAUGGAUAUUGGAUGAUAAUAGGUAUACUGAUCUAUUUUGCAUAUGGUUUAUGGCACAGUACGGAAAGAGAUAGAGACGAAGAACAAUCAAGGGCUAUAAACCGCCGAGAUAGCUACUCAUCAUGAUUUCGAAUAAAAUGAAAGGACGCUCAGUAUUUUCUUUAUGUAUUACAAUUUAUUUAUAUUUUUGUUAGAAUAUGCUUUGUUUUCAAUGAUUAAAUAAAAGAUUUUUCUUUC